AUGGCUCCACAUGAGGCGACACCAACAUGGAGACGGUCGCCAACCCCCCGCUUCUCGUGGCCCCAGUUGAUCAGCCACUGCAAGAAGAUACGGGCUGAUAUUCGUUCCUCGCUGGGCGUCCCCUUCUCUCGGCUCGCAUUGACAGCAAACGCCAAUGGGGAAUGUACAGUCUACGCCCUAGGCACCCCCUCAUCAUCAAACCAGCAGACGAUCCUGACGGCCGAGAUCGGGCCCUCGGCCAGCCAAGUCGUCGUCCUGAAGCCGCUUUUGCAGCACGAGCAUUUUAGGAACAGCAAGAGCGCCGAAUUCUCGCUACAAUGUGAGCGCCAACGUGUCUCGGCCGUGGCCGGCAUCUCCGACUUCCAGAUCCACUCACAAGCGCCCUAUUCCCUGCUCUUCACCACUGGCGCCGAGAUCGUACAAUGUGCAUUCGAUGGUGCACCCCCUUCUGGCCCUCGACUUACGGGUGUUUGGGGCGAUCCGAAGGGCCAGGCAUUCGUCUUCGACGCCCAGCUCUGCCCGAUCGACCCCGGAUUGAUAGCCUUCGUCGCCGAGCGGCAAAUCCACGUGCACCGAUCGGGUCGCCCGAUUUUCGUCUCGCACUCCGAGCGCCACAUCUCCAAUGGAGUCCCAUCAUUUGUCACACAGGAGGAAUUCGACCGCUUCAACGGCAUUUGGUGGUCUCCGGCGUGUAGUCGGCUGCUCUAUGAACAGGUAAACGAGGGCGACGUGCACACACUGACAUUCGAUUGCCCUGGGAAAGAGCCGAGCGAUCCGAUGAGAUAUCCGGUGGCCGGCAGCCCGAAUGCCCAUUCCAGUCUCAGGAUGUUGUUCAUCAACGGAGACAUGGUGGAAGAUCGUGGGCUGCGCGUCGAGCUGAAAGAUCGAUUCCCGUGGCUCGAAUAUCUCGCCAGGGCCGGCUUCUUGUCCGACGGCAAAACGGUGUGGAUCCAGGCGGCGAAUCGUGCCCAAACGAAGCUGUGCUUGAUCCUGAUCCCCGAAUGGGAGUGGCAGGGCCAUUCGCCUCCAUUCGACCGUUCCGAGUUGGCCUGCCUCCCCACAUCUCCCCUCAUCCUCUUCGACGAGUUCUGCGAGUCGUGGCUCAAUUCUCACAACCUGAUCGAGCCGUUGCCCCUCGAGCAUCCCCAGCACAUUUCAUUCAUCUACGGCACUGAGUCGCUAUCCGACUGCCAUUUGUGCCGUCUCGACUCCGAGAUUCGACCAACCGGCCAACUGCUCGCCACGCAAGAACGCCGACUCACCCACGGACCAUGGUCUGUGUGCAAAUCGGCGGGUGUUGUGGUGGAUUCGGUGCGUGGCCACGUCUUCUUCGUCGCCAACAUCAACGGGCCACUCGAGAUGACCAUCUGCGUGACGGGAUAUCGUGACACGACGCAGCGUUCCGUUCAACGCCUCACCGAGCAGGGGUGGAAUUACAAAAACGAGCGAACGGCGUCGAGUCUGGCGCUGAUCCCGGGCGUGGGCUUCGUCUGCUGGCUGUCCCAUUUGGAUGGACCCCCGCAGUGCAGAUUCCACGUGCUUCACUAUCCUGCCGACGGCGGGCUGCCCACUUCCGAAGUGCUUUGCCAGUUGGACACGAUCGGCUGCACGAUUUCGCGUCGUUUCCACGCUGUCGACCGUCCCCUUCUCGUCGACUACAAAUCGCGGAAUAGUGGGCGGACACAUUACGCCCUGCUGCUGCGACCCCGUGAACAUGCGACAGACCGGGAGGGCACUCGAUAUCCCGUCGUUCAUCAUGUCUACGGUGGCCCCGGCAUUCAGACGGUUCGAGCCGAUUGGGCCAUUUGGGUGCAGCUGCUGAAAUUCUCGGAUCUGGGGUUCUGCGUGUUGCUGGCCGACGGACGGGGAUCACAGAAUCGGGGCAAAGAUUUCGAGGCACCCCUCAAAGUGGCGCUGGGCACCGUCGAGGUGGCCGAUCAAAUCGAGGCGUUGAAUGAGGUGGCUCUGCGGACUUGUUGCAUGGAUUUGACCCGAGUGGCCGUCCAGGGCUGGAGCUACGGUGGCUUCAUCUCGCUCAUGUCAAUUGCCAAACACCCGGAAAUCUAUCGAGCAUGUGUGGCUGGGGGUGCUGUCACGGAUUGGAGACUCUACGAUACUGCCUACACCGAGAGAUAUCUGGGCUAUCCGCUGUUCGAUUCGGUGUUGAAACAGUGCUCGGUGGUCGGCGUCGUCGACAAGCUGCCCGAUGAGCCGGGUCGUGUGAUGAUCGUCCACGGUCUACUCGAUGAGAAUGUCCAUUUUCGACACACGGAGGCGUUGAUCGAGGCGAUGCUCAAGGCCGGCAAACCAUAUCAACUGCAGAUCUACCCGUCAGAACGACACGGCAUCCGCUCAUCCGAAUCAGCCGCCCACCUCGACGCCACCUUCAUCCACUUCAUCUGCAAGGCCUUGUUCAUCUUCUUCUUCUUCUUCUUGUUCUUUUCUGCUCAUUUCCCAUCCAAAUGUAUCUACACCAAUUCCCCUCAAUUUCAGGUCAAACUGGCCGGCAAAGCCCUUGGCCAAGGCGUUCGGGCCUUGAUCUACUGCGAAGUCGCCCUUUUCGGAGUUUCUUUCGCGAGUUUCGUGGCGCUGAGAAGGAAAGAGAGUCUCCGUUUUGCCCUCUACCAACAUUUGCCAUCGUUCGCUUCAUUAUACUACACGACAGAAGAUAUUCUAUCUUUUGGUCAACUGACCGGCACAAGACUUCGAUUGAGUGACACGCGAAGAUGGGCCCUAUCGUGGCGGCCCUCGAAAAUCAUUGUGCGUCAAAACGAGCUUCGGCAGACGAUACUCGUCUUUGGCGCCGCGUUGAGCGUCAUCAUGGGAGUGAUUGCCGAGCACGUCUACAAAUCAUGGCCCUCGCCCGAUAUGCCGAUUCAAUCAUUCGAGAAAUCACUUCGAUACGAGGCUGAGACGGCCGGAAGGAGGAAA